AUGUCUACGAGUAUGUUGUAUUUGCUUAGAUAUAAUUCCCUUAGGAGUCCACUCAAUACUCGCUAUGCAAGCCAAGCAAUGCAGUACAAUUUCAGUCCUAAGCGAAAGGUGAUAUUGUGGCGGCAACUGUGGUUGUGGCUUGCAGAAUCUCAACAGAAAUUGGGUUUAAAGAUAACCGAUGAACAGCUUGAGGAAAUGCGUCACAAUCUGGAACAAGUGGAUUUCGAACAGGCUGCAGAAGAAGAGGCUCGGAGGCGGCAUGAUGUAAUGGCACAUGUUUAUGUUUUUGCUAAGGCAUGUCCUAGGGCAUCUCCCAUAAUUCACCUUGGUGCAACCUCUUGUUACGUGGCUGACAAUGCUGACCUAAUUAUUCUACGCCAUGCUUUUACUCUCCUGGCUACCCGAGUUGCCCGCUGCAUUGCACGGUUUGCUGAUCAGGCGCGUAGAUACCGUGAUGUUGCCUGUCUUGGCCGUACCCACCUCCAGCCUGCCCAGCCCACCACCAUUGGCAGGCGCAUUUGCAUGUGGAUGCAGGACCUGUUGCUCGACAUGGAGAACAUUGAACGCGCUAGAGAUCAUCUCAUUCGAUUUCGGGGCACUAAGGGCGCUAGUGGGACACAGGCCUCAUUUCUAGACCUCUUUGAAGGAGAUGACUCCAAGGUUGUGCAACUGGAUGAAUUAGUAGCGAAGAGGGCGGGUUUUUCGCGACUUUGGUCAGUCACGGGACAGACGUAUCCGCGGAAGUUGGAUGUUGAUUUGGUGAGCAUCCUUUCCAGCCUUGGAGCCACUGUACACAAAAUAUGCACGGACAUUCGCCUACUGGCCAGCUUCAAGGAGAUUGAGGAACCUUUCGAGUCUAAUCAGAUUGGGUCGUCGGCGAUGCCAUACAAGCGCAAUCCUAUUCGCUGCGAGCGGGCCUGCGCCUUGGCACGGUUGUUAAUGUCACACAGCACAGCAGCGUUGGGAACGGCGGGGGUUCAAUGGCUCGAACGCUCCCUUGAUGAUUCUGCGUUGCGACGUGUCCUCCUCCCUGAGGCCUGUCUGGCCGCGGAUGCAUGCCUCCUCAUUCUCCAGAAUGUCUUAGAGGGCUUGGUUGUCUACCCCAAGGUGGUUGAGCGCAAUCUGAUGGCAGAGUUGCCCUUCCUAGCAACUGAGCGUAUUCUCAUGUGGAUGGUAAUGCAUGCCGGGGCAGACCGACAGGAAUGUCAUGAGCGCAUUCGUAUGCACAGUCAGGCUGCGGGUGAUAGGGUGAAGUUGGAGGGCUGCUCCAAUGAUCUGGUUACACGUCUUAGUAGUGAUGCCUACUUUGCGCCCAUUGCCGAUCAUCUGAACAAACUCCUCGAACCCCGCGCUUUCAUUGGACGUGCUCCUAGUCAGGUUGAUCACUUCCUUGCAAAUGAGGUUGCUCCUGUACUGGAACGUUACUCCAACGAACUGGGAGGUGUUUCCACUUUAUCAGUAUAG